AUGGUGUUAGAGAGCUACAAGCUCGCCACGACGGCAUUUAGUAGUACAAAGAGCUUAGGGGGGCCACAAAUGAUAGCAUUUGCUCAUGGGCUUAACUCAAGCGGGUUACAAGUGACCACAGCUAUAGAUACUUGGGUCUCCUCCGCUAGCAACAGAACAAGCACAACAUGGAAGGUAAGAGAUGAAGUCUUCUUCAUUUUCACCGGCCAAAGAAAGGAGUGUGUUUGUGGGGUUGGGACAGGCAAGGAUCAUUCUCCUUUGAAAACACGAGAAGCUUGGACCGCUCCUGGUUUUGUAACCAAUGAGAAUUUUGCUUUAGCCGGGCUAUACAGCUUGUCAUUUGUUGGAUCUCUAUUCAGCACUAUGACCUUUACAUACCUUGCUUUAUAUGAGCAAAAUAAGAUGCAGUUGGAUGAGAUUUUUGGGCAAAGCUACCGAGAACUAAACAACUCAUUUAGAGAUUUCAGGUCCAAACUUGUUGACAAGAUUCCAAGAGGAAAAGAUGACUAG